UGGUGACCUCAGCCAAUCCGCUAUCCGUGCAGUUGCGACACGAGCUGCGAUCAUUUUCCUCUCUCUAACACCAAGCUUUCUGCCACACCAUGAUUCGGAUUCACGCCCUGUUUAUGUAACCACUUUAUUACUAAAAAUAUAUGAAAAAAUUUUCAACAUUAGCAUUGCACCAUACAGACCGUGCAUGGUGAAAAAUAAAAAGUAUUGAAACCCAAUUAAUUUCAAAGCGAGAUCAGAUUAAAAGGAGAUAAGCACACAGAAAUCAGUCGACAGUGAUAAGAAACUAAUUUCAGAAAGAAUGUUGACUAUUCAUCAUCAACAAACGUAUAAAAACAGUUCUCUGAUAUUCUAAGCUCAUUUCACAAAUAAUUAAUUGACCACUAUAGCCAUGAAGCUGAUGUUCGUGCUGCUGCUGUGCGCGGCGGCUGUGUGCAUCACAUGUGAGCAGCCGCCGAGUGACGAGGACUGGCUGGAGCUGCACACCCCGCAGGGACCGGUGCGCGGCCGCAGGGAUCCCAAUGCAGAUCACCUAUAUGCCUUCCAUAACAUACCAUAUGCAACAGCUCCAGUUGGAAAAGAUAAAUACAAGCCACCUCUUCCAGCACCAGUUUGGGAAAAACCGUAUGAUGCCAUCAACAAAAACAUCAUAUGUCCACAAUACACACUUCAAUUAUACAAUUUGAAACCUAAAAAUAGUGUAGAGCAAGAAGAUUGUCUGAUAGCCAAUGUGUACGUACCUGACACUAGAAAGACAAAUAUCUCAGUUCUUGUGUACGUGCACGGAGGUGGCUUCUUUGGAGGUUAUGGAGACUUCUUGACACCGAAAAGAUUAUUGAAAAGUAAAGACAUUGUUUUGGUCACUUUCAACUACCGCUUGGGUGUCCACGGUUUCCUCUGCCUCGGCACUGAAAAUGUACCUGGUAAUGCAGGUAUGAAAGAUCAGAUAGCCUUACUUCGUUGGGUGCAGAAGAAUAUUGCAAGUUAUGGUGGCAACCCCAAUGAUGUCACCAUAGCAGGCUAUAGUGCGGGAUCUAUGUCAGUAGAUUUGUUGAUGCUGUCGAAAUCAGCUGAGGGAUUGUUUCACAAAGUUAUUCCUGAAAGCGGAGGAAAUCUUGCCACUUACACGAUCCAGAGAGAUCCUUUGGAAGUUGCACAGUAUCAAGCUAAACUACUCAACUUUACCAACAUCGACGACAUUCACGCUUUAGAAGAGUUUUACAGAACUACUCCUCUAGAACAAUUGUAUUAUACGGACAUUUUAUCAACAAGGUUUUAUUCCUCAGCACUUUUUUCACCAUGUGUAGAGCGUGAAACGGAAGAUGAAGCUUUUCUCACAGAGUCACCGCUGAGCAUUCUACAAAGGGGCAGCUUCAAGAAACUACCGGUGUUAUAUGGUUUUGCCGCAAUGGAAGGUAGAGGGCGCUUAGCAUUUUUCGAAAUGUUAAAACCCAAAAUGAAUCAAAAUUUUUCAGACUUUUUACCGAAUGACUUAAAAAUUGAUUCCGAAAAAGAAAGAAGAGAAGUAUCAGAUAAGGUCAAGACAUUCUAUUUUGGAGACAAACCGGUCGGCGAAGACAACAAAUUAGGCUUCGUUAAUUUUUUCACAGAUGUCACGUUUUCUCAUGCAAUGCUAUGGUCUGUAAAACUGUACGCAGAGGCUGGGCACAAAAGUGUAUAUCUGUACGAGUAUUCCUUUGUCGAUGAAAAUGCCCCUCUAGUCCCUCCUAUCACCAUUCGAGGUGCAGAUCACUGUGAUCAAACAUUCGCUGUUGUGGACUCCCUAGAUGAAGACCUUGCUAGCGUUGAAGUUAAGAACAUGAAGAAGACUAUACGUCAAAUAUGGCACAACUUUAUCAAAACCGGUAAGCCGGUGCCGGAAGGGUCAUCGCUGCCCGCGUGGCCGGCGGCAGGCGCGGCCAGGGCGCCGUACAUGUCUUUGGGACAGGAGUUGGAGUUGCGGCACGAGCCACUGCUGGAGACACGCACACUCUUCUGGGAUGACAUCUACCAGAAGUACUACCUACAGCCUAUACCUCCACCAGAACGUAUACCUAAUUCUCGUAUUGAGUUAUAGAAGAAAAUGAUUGGUAUUCUGAAAUGUUUUGAACUUGUUUAAACACCACUUGACCGCUUCGACGCUAAACAUUAUAUAAUAGAAAAAAGUGAUAGGUAUUAAAAUAUUAGCAUAUGGCUUUAUACGUUACCUUAAGUAGUUUUAUUUAUUUAUCACCAAAAAAAACUGGACUUUAAAGAUCUAAUGUUACAAAUUACCGAUUUCAGUCAUAUAAGUCGAAUAAAUAUACUAAUAGUCAA